AUGUCCGUGAUAGGCGAUGAGGUCAUCGAACACAAGUUGAACGUAGUCCCAAAGGUGCGCCCUUUACAACAAACGAAGAGAAACUUCAGCACCAAGAAGUACGAAGCAAUCAUGGAUGAGGUGGAUAGCUAUGCUCAUGUGAGUAAACAUGAUAUUGCGGAGAUAGCAUACGCACUUUCAUCAAGUGGAGGGAAUUUUAUUUGGGUUCUUUGUCCAGAUGUUGUGAAUUCUGAUGAACCUGAUUUCUUGACUGUUGGGUUUGAAGAUGACGUCAGAGGUAGAGGCUUGGUCGUGACUUGGUGCCAUCAGAUUGAUGUGAUCUCGCAUCCGACGGUUGGAGGGUUCCUAACUCACUGUGGAUGGAACUCGAUAUUAGAGAGUAUAUGGUGCGGUGUUCCACUACUGUGUUUCCCUCUGCUGACAGACCAAUUCACAAACAGAAAACUAGUGGUCGAUGGUUGGAGGAUCGGGCUUAAUCUUUGCGACAAGAAGUUAAUCACAAGGGAGGAAGUUGCAGCAAAGAUCAAUCGUGUGAUGGGUGGAAAAUCAGGUGAUGCAUUGAGAAUGAAUACAAAGGAGCUCAGAAAUAUACUAGAGAAUGCAUUGAACAGUAUCCAUGGCCAUGGAUCUUCAGAAAAAAAAUCUCAAUGA